AUGAAAGAAAUUUUUGUUGUUUUUUCGCAAGCAAAAAAAAAGGUCUUGAACAUUGGAUCAUCAUUUGCCAUUUCCCAACUCUCAGUCUCAGGCCGAUUACUCGUUAGACCAGAAAGGAGAAAAAGGUCUAUUAUUCUCUCGUAUAGUUUACGUGCAAUUGUUGACGACGAUCGUUGCUUCUUAUUCGUCCUGAAAAACUGUUGCGUUGCAUUGUACGACAACUUGAAAGUAUUUGUUGUCUUGAGACAACCUUACAGGAAUCGAAUCAUGCAUUUUCAGCAAUUCAAAUGA